CACACACACACACUCACACACACACACACAGAUCCAGUGGCUGCUCUGUAUCGCUCACACUCACCCACUCAUUAUUCUCUCCCUCUCCCUCCCUCUGUCUCGCUCCCUCCGUCUCUCACUCCAUUCCUCUGGGCUCUGCAUACUUCUUGCUUCUUACCACAAGUCACAUUGUGUUUGUAACUCCGCGCUGAGUGUCUUCCCGUGUCCGCCUGGGCUUCCAUAAGUCUGCUCGUAUGUGUGAGUGACUGCUCGCCUACUUAAGUGUGACUGAGUGGAGCUGUGAGCCGCAUCAAGUGUAUGUGGGUCUGUGUCUCGCCCUCACACACUCGCCGCUACUCUUGCAACUCUUGCUGGGAUCGCUGGGUCCCUUUCCUGGCUGAGAGGCUCCCCACACCAAGCAGUCACCAUUUCCGCCCCCGGGAGACCCACGCUGGCAGCGCAGCCCCUUCCCCGACUCAGCAUCGGGAGGAAGACUCUGGUGGCGGCUGCUGUGGGGGUUAUGCUGGUCCUGGUGCUGGUGGUGCUCAUCCCCGUGCUCGUCAGCUCCGUGAGUACAGACGCCAGCCACUAUGAGAUGCUGGGCACCUGUCGUAUGGUGUGUGACCCCUACCAGAACAAGGGCACUCCGGCCAGCAGCACCAGCUCCACCGGUCUCCAAGCUGAGGCGGAGGCACUGAGCGACCAAAGCAACGUCCUUCCGCCGUCAACCUUGCUUCAGGGACCGCAGGGAAAGCCCGGCAGGCCGGGCAAACCCGGACCCCCUGGACCGCCCGGAGAGCCGGGGCCACCGGGACCAGCGGGGCCUCCCGGUGACAGAGGGGAUGCGGGAAGGACUGGGAUUUUGGGUAUCGGGGGGAAUGGAGCUAUCAGCACGGCCACCUACAGCACGGUGCCUCGGGUGGCUUUCUAUGCUGGACUUAAGAACCCCCACGAAGGCUACGAGAUCCUAAAGUUUGACGACGUGGUCACCAACCUCGGCAACAACUACGAUGGCAUUUCAGGCAAGUUCAUCUGCAGCAUACCUGGUACAUACUUCUUCAUCUACCAUGUGCUGAUGAGAGGAGGGGACGGCACAAGCAUGUGGGCUGACCUCUGCAAGAAUGGACAGGUUCGUGCUAGCGCCAUCGCUCAAGACGCGGACCAGAACUAUGACUACGCCUCCAACAGUGUCAUCCUCCACCUGGAUGCAGGCGAUGAGGUUUACAUCAAACUAGAUGGAGGCAAAGCCCACGGUGGCAACAACAACAAAUACAGCACCUUCUCCGGCUUCAUCCUCUAUGCAGACUGAGAAAAAAGACAAACACAGAGACUGUCAGAUAGGAAAGAGACUCAGAGACAGGAGUUGUAUGACGGGGGGAGAGUGUGUAAGUGUUAAAAGCUGGAAUGCUCUAGUUUUCCUAAUUCUUUCCAUCAUCACAGACACCUCUGCUACAUAUCCAUCAGCCAAGAUAUCUGGGCUCUGCAGCCAAGCCUGGAUGCAAAGCUCCCGAGGACGCAGUGAGAAGGGCUGGCGGGUAACAAGGGAGGAGUGGGAUGUUAGAUAGGCUGGUUUUUCUUCACUCCUUGCCACAACUCAUGUGUCAGAAGCUCCUCACUUUUAGUUUCUCUCCUCUUUAACCCUGCUCCAUUGCACAGAAAUAUGAACAAAACUAAAAAACCCUCCAAAAGUGGAUGAUCGCACCUCUUCUCUCCACAGUGGCAGCAGUCAGCUGUACCAUCAGUGGAUAUGACUGACUGAAACAUGUAGUGUCGUUCUGUGCAAUUAAGAUUGUGCUUUUAAUUUGUAGACAUAAAUACUAUUAUAUACAAAAGAGAUUUAAAAAAAAAAGAGAACAUAUUUGUCCCUUGUGAAGAUAUCCUGUUUGAAUGAGAGAUGUUAUUUGUAUGCAGCACAAAGAUCUAACAACUGGAAAAGAAGUAUUUAAAUGAAGACUUUUCAGUAUUUUAUUGCAGUGGGUGUUUUUCUUUAUCGCUGGGUAUUAAAAAGACAACUAUAUGUUAUCAAUGUGGAGAAUAAAAUACAUUCUGCACUUCCAAUAUAUCUGGAAAAGUAAGCAUCUCUUAUAGACAAUAUCCCUUACAAAGCACCUCACACUGUUUUUCACACUGUCGCACAAUGUCCUGCUGAUCUUUGGAAUAAAGUGGAGUUGAAAUCAUAUUUUCAUUGUUCUAGCUUCAUGCAGAUGCUCCACUUGGCACAAGCAGCCAUGUGAAGAAGUAAAUCUUCAGAUUCAGAGGUAAUUUGGUGGAAGGGCGUUGAUCCUUUCUUUUUCCUCUGCUGAGCCGACCUCCGAGCUAUCCUGCUCUGCAAAUAAAACGGGGGGGAAAAAAAGAUAAAAAAGUAUUACUUCUGAAGCAGAGGGUGAGGUGGAGGAAGUCACAAAUACACACAGAAGGGAAGAGACAGGAGACGGGCAGGCAGAGGAGGCAUUCAACCACAGUGAAUGGGCAAUUUUUCCAUUUCAGUGUCUUCACUGGAUGUCAUCCAUUCAUUAGCUGCAUAUUCAAUGACAUACAGGAAUUAUGGUAAUAUUUAGUCAACAUAGCGGCCUGACAACUUGCUUGAGAAUGAAAAUGAUUGGGUGAGUGACUUUGCCUACUUUGACUGCACGUUGGAGUGUGUGCGUGUUUGUGUGUUUGUGUACGUGCGUUUCAGUGUGUGUGUGUCUGCAUUUCUAGCAUGUGCUGUGCCAUAACUACAUUGUUCUUUUUCAGAGUUGCGGUAUUCUGUGCUACAGCCAAUGACAGAUAUUUUAUUCAGCAGCCAAUGAGAUUGUGCUCUGUAGGGUGGAGCCUCUAUAAAUAUGAGAACAAGCAGCUUGUAAUUGAAAUCUAUGACUUGUUUAUCUUAUCUUUUGGAAAAGUUGAUUACAUUUAAAUAAUAA